GACCAUCAUGGUAUUCUCCUACAGACAAUGAAGGAUAGACGACACCUUAAUACGUAUAUUACUGAAAGAUAUAUUCGAUUUUAAACGAUAUAAACCAGCGAGACAGAGAGACUACGACAGCUAAGAAAAUAUGUUCCCGCGAGACUUUGCUUGGGGAGCGGCAACAUCUGCGUACCAAAUAGAAGGUGGAUGGCAAACUGAUGGAAAGGGACCAAGUAUUUGGGACACAUUUUGUCAUGAAAAAGGUCAAGUUUUUGGAAAUCAAAAUGGAGAUGUGACCUGUAACAGCUAUGAGCUAUGGGAGAAAGACCUGGAAUGCAUCCAACAACUUGGCCUGACACACUAUCGCCUGUCUCUGUCUUGGCCACGCCUCCUGCCUGAUGGGACGAUGAGAAAUGUCAACCAGAGAGGUGUGCAGUACUAUAACAGAGUGAUAGAUGACUUGCUGGCAUGCAAUGUAUCCCCAAUGGUCACUCUGUACCACUUUGACCUGCCUCAAGCAAUUCAAGACCUUGGAGGAUGGAAAUCACCUGGUAUAGCAACUCUCUUCGAUAACUACGCCAAGUUUUGCUUCCAGACGUUUGGGGAUAGGGUAAAACUCUGGAUCACCAUCAAUGAGCCACAAGUAUGUGCCAAACUAGGUCACGAAGUUGGUAUCCAUGCCCCAGGGCUGAAAGAAAAAGGCACCGCUGCUUACCUGGUGGGGCAUAACAUGCUGCGAGCUCACGCCAUGGCUUGGCACAGCUACAACUCCGCGUACAGGAUAACGCAGAAUGGUGCAGUGUCUCUGGCCCUCAACAGCGACUGGCUUGAGCCUUUAGAGCCAGGUCGUAGUGAGGACGUCACCUCUGCUGAACGUGACCUCAUCUUUACUCUGGGGUGGUUUGCCUGGCCUGUGUUUGUUACCGGAGAUUAUCCAGAAUUGAUGAGAUCUUCCAUAGAAACUCAGUCCAAAAUUAUGGGAUACAGUGGUGACUUGAGGCUCCCCAGGUUUUCAAUCGAUGACCCACCCAUUUUAGGAACUGCUGACUUCUUUGCACUGAACUACUACACAUCCCGGAAGGUCAAGUCAGGAGGAUGCAGCGACCAGAUGUUGAGUAUGGAGAGGGACUUGGAUGCAGAAGAGAUCUUAGAUCCAUCCUGGCCCAUUUGUGGGGUGUCAUGGUUGGCUGUUGUCCCAAAUGGCUUAAGGAAACUUCUUAAAUACAUAAAGGAUGUCUUCAACAACCCAACAAUCUACAUCACGGAGAAUGGUUUUGCUCAGGUCGGCCGGCUGCAAAUUGAGGAUGUUGAACGAUGCAAGUUUUACAAAAGCACCAUUUUGGAAGUGGCUAAAGCUAUAGAAGAGGAUGAGGUCAAAGUCCGCGGGUAUUUUGCAUGGUCACUGAUGGACAACUUUGAAUGGGCUGAUGGAUUCAGCGUUCGUUUCGGCCUGUUCCAUGUCGACUUUUCCGAUCCCGAGCUGAGACGAACCAUUUACCAGUCUGGGAGCGAAUAUGCGAAGAUCAUCUCAAAGUACAAAUCAGUCUGACCCACAUGAGAAGGAGUUGGCAAAGUGGAUGUUAAUGAUUUUUUAAAUGCUGACUAUUACAACGGGGUGAUUAAGAAAUACAAGAAGCAUUUCAUAAGUGAAGAAUUUAAGGUAUAGAAAAUAAAGAUUCAUUGAGCUCA